UAAACUCUGAGUUGGCUGUCGGUCUCCUCCACAAUUCGCAUCUAAUUCCUUCUUCAUUUUAUCCCUCUCUCUUUCUCUCUCAUCCCCAUAAUAUAUUAAAUUAAAUAAAAGCUUUUAACUUUACUAAUUUUCUUGUGUCUUGGACCUUUCUUCACCUAUUCUCCUUCAGAUUUACUUUCUUUCUUUCUUCCUUUCAUUUUCCUUUUCUUUUCUAUAAAUUCUUGUUUCACUCGACUUUCGUUUGUUUUUAAAGCAUUCAUUAUCCGGAAUCCGAUUGGCUUUCUUUUCUUUUUCUCUUUUUCAAUUUUUUUUGGCAAUUCUUAAAAAAAUCUGGUGCUGAUUUAUGGUAGAAAUUAGGGUUUCGUUUUGAGUUUCCCUAUCUUUAAUAUGGUUCCGUGGGGCGGCCUCACUUGCUGCUUGAGUGCAGCCGCUCUUUAUCUUCUUGGAAUCAGCAGUGGCAGGGAUGCACAGAUUCUCAAGACGGUCACUCGAGUCAAUCAGCUUAAGGAAUUGGCUCAAUUGCUAGAUAUUGAAAGUAAAGUGAUUCCUUUAAUCGUUACAAUCUCCGGAAGAGUUGGUUCUGAGACCCCAAUUAAUUGUGAACAUAGUGGAUUAAGAGGUGUUAUAGUAGAGGAAACGGCCGAGCAGCAUUUUCUAAAGCACAAUGAUGCUGGUUCUUGGAUACAAGAUUCUGCUUUGAUGCUUUCUAUGAGUAAAGAGGUUCCAUGGUACCUGGAUGAUGGGACGGGUCGGGCAUAUGUAGUUGGUGCUCGCAGUGCAGCAGGUUUUGCACUAACUGUUGGAAGUGAAGUGUUUGAAGAUUCAGGCCGAUCAAUUGUACGUGGAACAUUAGACUAUCUCCAAGGUCUCAAGAUGCUUGGAGUCAAGAGAAUAGAGCGUGUGCUUCCCAUUGGUUCUUCCUUGACUGUUGUUGGUGAGGCUGUCAAGGAUGACGUUGGAACAAUUCGGAUUCAGAAACCCCAUAAAGGACCAUUUUAUGUGUCCCCCAAAUCUAUUGAUCAACUCAUUUCCAACCUUGGAAAGUGGGCUAGAUUGUACAAGUAUGCUUCGUUUGGACUGACCAUCUUUGGCGCCUUCCUAAUCACCAAGCAUGCAAUCCUUUAUUUCUUGGAGAGAAGACGCCGACGUGAAUUGCAGCGAAGGGUUCUUGCUGCUGCAGCUAAGAGAUCAGGGCCAGAUAAUGAAGAUCCAACUUUGAAAGUUGAAAACGGAGCAGAACCCAAGAGAGAUCGCAUGAUGCCAAAUAUAUGUGUAAUAUGCCUCGAGCAAGAGUACAAUGCCGUUUUUAUUCAAUGUGGCCAUAUGUGCUGCUGUACAACCUGCGCUUCGCACUUAACCAGCUGCCCUCUUUGCCGGAGGCGUAUUGAGCAGGUUGUAAAAGUCUUUUGCCAUUGAAGUUUCAGGUUAUGAGAUGUAGGGUUCAUUGGACCUCCGGUGGAAAGCAGCCUGACUGCACAGGGAGUCUCGGUCCUGUGAUCGGGACCCCUUAAAUAAGUGCCAACGUUAUUAGCUGGGAGAUGAGGAUCAUUAUUUUUGGCCAAUUAUGCAAAUCCCUACUUGCUGCAAGCCCUAUUAUAACUUGCUUGAUAUCCUGUAAAUAUUGAAGAUUACUUUUUUUUUAAAUAAUGUUAUUUUGAAUAAUAUAUGUUUUCAUUGUUGUAAUUUAUUGACAGAUGCAGUUUUUUA